AUUUCGUCGCCUCUUGAAAUUCUAUUUAAGAAGCAAUGUUGAGACAUUCGCCUACCCUGCUUGUGCUACCGGAUUUCCUCCACGAAAAAGGAGUUCUUUUGGUCGAAAACUUAUUACAAGAAUCUUCAUGGAGGAGGCUCAGGGUAUUUGUUGAAACUAUGGAUGGGACCAUUGCUGUGGCUUCUUCUUUCCCUGGUCAUCAAGAAGCAAUCUUGAAUAAAGAUCACAAGUUCUUAUCAAAAGCAAUUGAGGAGGCAUAUCAUGGGGUUGAUUGUGGUGAUGGAGGCCCUUUUGGUGCAGUUGUUGUUUGUAAUGAUCAAGUAGUGGUGAGCUGCCAUAACAUGGUACUGAGGAAAAUAGAUCCUACAGCCCAUGCUGAAGUAACUGCAAUAAGGGAGGCUUGUAAAAAACUUGGAAAACUCGAGCUUGGAGAUUGUGAAAUAUAUACAUCCUGUGAGCCCUGUCCAAUGUGCUUUGGUGCAAUACAUCUAUCACGAAUUAAGAGGCUGGUAUAUGGAGCCAAAGCAGAGGCUGCAAUUGCUAUUGGCUUCGAUAAUUUUAUUGCUGACGCGUUGAGAGGUACUGGGUUCUACCAGAAGGCCAGCCUUGAGAUCAAGCAAGCUGAUGCGAAUGGAGCUGUUAUUGCUGAGCAAGUGUUUGAGAAAACAAAGGAGAAGUUUCAGAUGUACUGAAUAGUGAACGAAAUGAAUGUAAUCUGAUUAAAUUGUUUUGGACUUUCUGAAUGUAUUCUCAUGCUAAAAACCAUUUCUCCAUUCAAUCUUAAAUCCUUUUGGUUUCAAAGAAUAAACUAAGCUGCUUGGUUCCUCUGGGUUGCAAUUACAAUUUCUUCGCAAUCUAAUUUGUUCAUUGAUGCGCAGGAUAAUGUUUAGAUAUACCCGCAUUACUAAGCAUAUAAAAUUUCUAUUGUGCAAAGACUUUGAUCUAAAUCAAUUGAGCUUUCAGCCAUUGUUGCCAGGAAUGUUUUCUUGCAGCUGUUUCUUAGAAGUCAACAGAGAAUUCUUCCCUGAACGUAACAUUGGGCAAGAUAUAAAGUGAUCGUCUCAGCUUUAGUGAGAGGUUCUUGCAUUUUCAAGAUACAGCCAUGGACAAUCAUAUAAAUUGGUAAUAUCCAUUCCCUUCGUUCAUUUUCAUUUUUCAUUUUUAAAAGAAUAUGAUAAUUAGUCCAUGAAAUCCUUCAUUGGAGCUUUAACUAAUUGAGAAAUUAUUACAUGCGUAGACUGGACACAGACAACCAUUCGGAUUGUCUCUUUGAACUAAAAAGCACAGUGAGCUACGCUUUUACUGUUCAUCAUUGCGCUUUUACUAUUCACAGAAAUAAAACCGAACGGUUCUCUGUAUCCGGUCUCCGCACGUAAUAAUCUCUCUAACUAAUUAAGAAGUUAGUCUUGUUGGCAACUAUCAAAUCAAUCAUUUUGAUUUCAAACAUAUAGUGAUCAAAUUAUUUAAGGAUUUUGAUUACUCUUAUCUUUGGCAUAGACAUUAAUGUCAUAGGGGUGCUUUAAUGAAGAUUUUAAAGUGAUCUUGUUUUUGCGGAUGUUAUGCAGGUCGCUCAUAUUUGAAGCUCAUUAAUGAGGAUUAUGUUCUAUUUCAUCGAUCACUAUGCUUUUUUUUUACUAGAAGAAUUUUUAGAAAAUCAUUUUAGAUCAAUAGAGACAUCAUUAAUACAUCGAAACUAUUUUGUGCUAGAAUUUUCAAUAAGAUACACUCUUGGUUCCGGUGAUAAUGGCUAUCAUCAAGAGUUUAUUUUCAUGAAUCUUCAUACUUUUUUGCACCCAUUUGGCCACUUCAAGGAUGGUUGUUAUUAGCUACAGCUUAACUUCAAAAAAUCAAGGAAGGCUUUGUUGUCUUGUUGACUUCAAAAGAACUUGAGGGGAACAAAAUUAUGAGAAGUUUUAUUGAUGAACAAAUGCUUCAUGCCCCAAAUGUUACUGAUAGUUAUUUAAAUACCAACUUAGGUGAACCUCUUAUUAAUACUGAUGUGAUCAAGAUGCUUCAUAUCCAACUUUUGAACAAUUAGAAUUUUUUCCUAAUUAGAAAUUAUUACGUGCAGAGAUCGGACACAGAAAAUCAUUCGGUUUUAUCUCUGUGAACAGUAAUUGCACUUUUAUUAUGCACAAAGACAAAACUGAACUGACUUCUAUCUGGUCUCCACAUGUAAUAACUUCUCCUCUAUUUGACACUUCUGAUGAUUGGAUCACUCACAUUAUUAACCCUUAAACUAAAAGUAUAAUAUUAAACCCUAGGAUUAAGGCUUCAUUUGAGAUGGCUUUCUUUCUGCUUUUUUAAAAUAGCUUUUUAAUGCAAAAUUAAAAAAAAUUUGUACUAGAAAUGUGAUGAGGACAUCGAUCAAACGUUCAAGCAUGUGUAUCGCCGGAAGAAUCGCAACUCAACGGCCACGAUUCAGAGUUUAUAUUUUUAGAUUUAUUUAUGCAUUCUUAGUUUCUUUAUGUAUUCCUAUUGUACCCCUACUAUAAGUUGAGUCAUGAUGUAGCCCCGAGGGCAAUUUAGUCUUUGUUUCUUCUUUAUGUUGAGACCUAUAUAUAGGUCCUUGCUAUUGUAAUAUGAGUUAAUGAAUAUUUGAAUGAAAAUUGUGUUUUGUUUCUA